AUGUCAACUUGUCCUCACUGUACUAAUGGACAGGCUGGUGUAGGUCAGGAUCAAUGUACAUUACUCAUAGUAGCUUAUGUACUCGCUGGACUUGCUAUGAUGCUUAAUAUUAGACUUUCAUAUAGUUCUGCUCCAUAUGCACUUAUUAGAUUCAAAUUACCUGAAAAUCUAUUUAGUGUAUUUGUAAGGAGAAUGGCUAGUGCUUUAGAACUUUGGUGUCUACCAAGUAUGCUCCUAGGUAACAUCAUGGAUUAUGGUCUUAAAGGAUACUAUUAUGGCAGGUACACACAAGACUUCGGCAACAAUGGCAAUCUUAAACCCAAUGAACAGGGUACGUCCACAAUCAAAAUCACCAUCAAACCCAAAAGCUGCACCAACAAACUCGAAAUCACGUUUGGCAAAGAUAUCCUCCCAAACAUCAAUGACACGUUCACUCCCAGACGUGAAAAAUUCAUUUGGAUCAUUAUACCUUCAAUCAUAAGUCAGUGGUUAAAUUUCCUCACGUACGUAAUUUUAUUGAUAGUCUACGUUACUGGUGGUGAUCAUGGUCAUCUUACUCUAUUUUACUUUGUGAUUGCAAUAUCUGGUGUUGUGUUUGGUAUUAACAUGGUAUUGGUUUAUGCUGUUGACUGGAAUUAUAUACCUGUCUACAUUGUUGGUGAAAACUCAUUUCCAAUAGUAACAUCAUUCAUGCAUUAUAUUACUACACUCAUAUUUGGUAAUCGAAGGAAAUGGAAUUCUGAUUUUCUAAUAGUCUAUAUUGAUAUUGGUGUGGCCAUCAUAAUAUCACUGGUUACAGCCGUGGUUUGGACUGCAGCAUACGGCUACUAUCGUGAUACCAAAAAACAAAAUGCUACUUAUCAUAAUGCUCCUGAGGUGGUGGUAGAUGCUACUUAUCCUGAGGGUACUACUCCUGUUACUGAGGAUAUUAAUCCUAAUGAUAUUAAUAGUAUAACCGUAAAUAAGGAUGGUAAGCCUACUAUUUAUAAUAAGGAAACUUCUGGUACUACUGGUCCCAUUGCUAUUAAAAAGGAUCGUGAUCCUACUACCACUACCUACACUAACAGGGGUGAUACUGCUCCUGCCAAUGGUGCUAAACCGAAUAGUAUUAUUCUUAGCUAUAAGCAGGGUGAUACUGUUGGUACUAUUACUAUUAGUCCUGGUACUGCUACUGUUCAUUAUGGUCACAUAUUUACUGAAACUUUUGAUAUGAGUUCAGUUCGCUGGGAAAUAAUCUCUCCUACACUCAUGGUAAUUGUAGGUAUGGGUUUAGUUUACUCUAUUUAUCCUGGAAUUGCACCUGGUAUGAUUGUACCAUUCUAUCUCAUUGACAAGAUUGAAAUGGUUCUUCUAAUAGCAACAUUCUUUCCACCAGUAAUAGUAGCCAUUCUACAAAGAGUCCCUGAAACCAAAAACUACUCACCUAAAGCCACAUACGUAUUUCAUGGAGUUAACAAUUCUAACAAUGGUAUGGGUGGAUGGCGAAAAUACGCAUCCAAACACGAAGGAGAACCCAAAGGAUCAGCAUCAGAAUGCGACACCUCUGAUACUAAAGAUGUCGAGAAUUGGUUUUGGCACAUCUUUGAUAUCCUUAUCGUUAUCAAAAUAUCACUUGCAAUUAUAUUUAUAUAUUCAUUGCAUUAUAGAAACUCCAAUUUGUCUAGAUCAAUUGUUAAUCAACCAAAAAUGUCCACUGCACUCAGUAUUGUGUUUUAUAUGUGCCAUGAAUUUUUGUUGGCAUUGGGAUUUCCUGGCAUCAUUGGUAAUAAUGGAAGUACAUACGUUGUUCUUCCAGCACAGUAUGUGGGAGCGCUAUUUAUGAUAUUUUUGGCCUUUUAUUCUGAGGGAUACAUUAUAGAAUAUAAAAGUUAUGAUCCUGCUCAUUGGCCCACGGAUGGAAUGUGGUAUUUAUCCGCUAUUAUUUUUUAUCAUAUCAUCUGCUUGUUAUUUUUGCCUAAUGAUUUUUAUUAUGAUAAAGUUUAA